AUGUCAACAUCCCGAAAUGUGACGUCUUCUGCAGCCCCAGAUCGUUCUGCAAUCCCGGACAGCACCACGGCUCACGAGAAUCCUUGGUAUAACCAGGAUUUCGACGGGUUUCGAGUUUCCGAACAGCCUCUGUUCCAGCGUCGGCCCAUCAGAUUAGUAUGUGUCGGUGCAGGUGCAACUGGACUGCAGAUUGCCUACAAGGCAGAAAGGUUGUUGAAGGAUGUCACUUUGCAGAUUUAUGAGAAGAACAGUGAUAUUGGAGGGACAUGGCUGGAGAGUCGUUACCCGGGCUGUACAUGUGAUAUCCCAAGUCACUGCUACCAAUUUAAUUGGCAUCGAAAUCCCAAUUGGAGUAGCUUCUACUCCGGUGCGGAGGAGAUUUGGCGAUACCUCAAAGAGGUGGCGACGACUUAUGAUCUGGAGAAAUAUGUCAAAUUUGACACAGCAGUCGAAAAAGCCGUAUGGCAAGAAGAGGAAGGCGUUUGGCAACUUACCCUGGUCUCAUCAGAUGGUUCUCGCUUCGAGGAUACAUGUGAGGUUUUGGUCAACGGCACCGGUGUUCUCAACGCUUGGAAGUAUCCCGAUAUACCUGGAAUCAAAGACUUCGAAGGGAAACUGAUGCACAGUGCAAGAUGGGAUUCGGCGUAUGAUCUCAAAGGAAAGACCGUUGCGGUUAUUGGUGGUGGCUCGUCAGCAGUCCAGAUUGUUCCUCAAAUACAACCAAUCGUUGGCAAACUCAUUCCCUUCCUCCGAUCCCCAGUCUGGAUUACCCCUGGCCUUGCGGCAAAAUUCGCAGGCCCUGGAGGGACGAACUUCAAAUACUCACUAUCCCAGCUGAAAGAAUUUAAUACCGACCCCUCCGCUCUCGACAAGUAUUGUCGUGAAAUGGAAGGAGCACUUAACAAGCGCUUCACGAUGUUGCACAACGAAAGCGAAGACCAGAAGAACUCGCGAAAUCUCAUCACAGAUCUCAUGUCCAAACAGCUCAACAAUGAUCCUAGGCUAACCUCAAAAAUUAUACCCAACUUUCCACUUGGCUGCCGCCGACUGAUACCCGGCUCCGGAUAUCUGCAAUCACUUACCAAGGAGAACGUGUCAGUCAUCACUUCCUCUGUUGCAAAGUUCACAAAAAAGGGCGUCAUCGACGAGACAGGUUUAGAGCACGAGGUCGAUGUAGUCAUCUGCGCAACUGGCUUCAACGUCUCUUUCGUGCCCCAAUUCGAGGUCAUUGGACGUGGAGGGAAGAGCUUGAAAGAGGAGUUUGGGGAAUUACCGAAGACGUACCUGGCGGUGACCGCCCCUGAGUUUCCGAAUUUGUUUUGCAAGUUUAUUCCUAGCUGCCCAAAGAGCAUUUACUGA